AUGUGACGCAGUUCCUUGUUAUUGUUCCAGAUAUAGACCCCCUCGUCAAGUCGGAGACGGAUGAUGUGAUGAGUGACGGCGACUCGUCAGCGGCGGUGUGUUCGGAGGGCAGCGCCGCCCGCGCCAGGGAACAGCUCGCGAUGGCUUGUUCCGUGGUGCUCGAGCGCCUCCGCGGCGACGCGACUGUUCACAGUGGAGGCAAACCAUACCGCUGCGAACACUGUGGCAAGCAUUUCAUGAACAAGUCUGUUUUACGAGAACACAUUCAACACACCCACUCAUUGACCGGACAGAAACUAUUUGCUUGUGAAGUUUGUAGUUCUACGUUUCAAACCGAAUUGCUUGUAACAGAACACGAGAAGAGCGAACACGGUAUUACAAAUUUUAUGUGUGCAGAAUGUGAGUAUACAACACGUACCAAGAAAAGUUUGGAGACUCAUUUAAAGAGUCACUCUUUGGAGAAUAUAUUCAAUUGUAGUCACUGUAGAUACACAAGUUCUUGUAAAAGCGAUUUACACAAACACCAAACAAUACACAUGGCUGGAAAUACUUUUAAGUGUAGCGACUGUGAUUUCAAAUGCAAUGAUGAAUCAAAACUGCGACGUCACCAGAAGACGCACAACCGGCGGCACCAGAGAAUACUCACUAGAAAAAAACCUUACAAAUGUAGUCAUUGCGACUACAAGUGCAGUGUUAGUUCUAUGUUACGAACACACGAAAGAACACAUACUGGGGCGAAGCCUUUUCAGUGUAGCUACUGUAAUUAUAAAUGCAGUCAGAAGUCAAACUUACAACGACACUUGAUGAUACAUACUGGGGUGAAGCCAUUUCAGUGUAGCCACUGUGAUUACAAAUGCAGUCGUAAAUUAUCCUUACAACGACACCUGAUGAUACAUACUGGGGUGAAGCCAUUUCAGUGUAGCCACUGUGAUUACAAAUGCAGUCGUAAAUCAUCCUUACAAUUACACCAAAGGAUACACACUGGAGAAAAGCCUUACAAAUGUAGUAAUUGCGACUACAAGUGCAGUGAUAGUUCAGCCUUACGAAGACAUGAAAGGACACAUACUGGCGAGAAGCCUGUUCAGUGUAGCCACUGUGAAUACAAAUGCAAUCAGAAAUCAUACUUACAAAAACACCUACUGAAACAUACGGGGGCGAAACCAUUUCAGUGUAGCCACUGUGAUUACAAAAGCAGUCGGAAGUCAAACUUACAACAUCACCUGUCGAUACAUACUGGGGCGAAGCCAUUUCAGUGUAGCCACUGUGAUUACAAAUGCAGUCGGAAGUCACAAUUACAACAACACCUGAUGAUACAUACUGGGGUGAAGCUAUUUACAUGUAGCCACUGUGAUUACAAAUGCACUAAAAAAUCGAAUUUGAAAACACACCAGAGGAGGAUACACACUCGAGAAAAGCCUUUCAUAUGUACUCAUUGUGAUUACAAAUUCAGCGAUAAAUCCAGCCUGCGACGUCACCAGAUGACGCACGGGACGAAUUUUAAAAAGCAAUAAUAGCGACUGCAAGUGCAGUCUGAAACAGCACCUGCGGAGACACCAGAUGAGACGCGGAAGAGAACCCUUAUUAUAGGGAUCGUUCGCGGCGGAGGGUAUGUCGCCUUUUGUCCUAAAUCGGAAAGUUAAACCUGACAUUGACACAUCGCAAUAAGCAGGGGGCUCCUGUGCUGCUCCUACAGUACAAACAUAAUGUACUUGUACAAAUGUAAUCACUUAAUAUUAAAAUACAGUGGUGAAGUAUAUUAGUGUCGAUCCGCUAGUUAGUGCAGUGAGUGAGCGCUGUGAGCGAAGUGGUGAGACGUGGCUUCCGAGCCGGAGGUCGUGGCCUCAAACUACAAACACCACCGACUUACUCGGGACUUAUGUACAUAUAGGUAUUAGAAUUAGAAUUAUUUUAUUCUUAAGCACAAAGAAACGAAACAUUACUUAAUAUGAAAGGAAACACAGAAUAAGAUUAAAGUGCCAGGAAAUGUCCUCACCUCAGCAUAUAUGUUGCUGGUGGCUUCCAGCGCUGAUAUUCCGAUGAGACCUUCAAGUGAGAAGAACCACGGAAGGUAACAGACCAGAAGAAAGACGUAAAAUAACGUAACAAGUUAAAUAAGAAAAAGUUACACAGCAAGAAGAUACAAGAUAAUGUCUAAAUCAAAGUAUCGUUUGAUAUUUACCAGUUGCUUUGAAGUUUGCUUGCUUAAGGAAAAUCUCACGGGGAAGCCUGCAUAUUAAAGUAAUUUUAUUACAAAUUUCGAAGGUCUCGGUGCCCACAGCGGCUUGAGGCUGCUGUGUUGUUAGAAAAUAUAAAGAGUGACUUUGUAUUCCACUAUAGUUAAUUAGUAUAAUUACUAGAAUUAAU